CCUUCUCUUCUUGCAUUUCUUCGAAAACCUUCUGAUUUCUUCUCUCGUCUCUCCAAUCCACAGAGAGAGGAGCCAUGGCUCGCCGCCAGCUUGAGGCCGGAGAACUUCAUUCCAGGACUCGUAAUCGGGUUCCUUCUGGGCCUAUUCAUCGAUCUCACGGCUUCCAAUAGAAGCAGUUCCAAAGGGAAAUCGUCCUUUCUUUCGGGCAAGAACCAGUCGGUCGUUUCCUGCGGCAACGGUGAAGAACUCAAGAUGGUUCUAGUUGUUCGACAGGAUCUGAGGAUGGGAUCUGGAAAAAUUGCUGCUCAAUGUGCUCAUGCAGCCACUGGCAUGUAUGCAGAGAUGUUGCAAAGCCACCGAUCUCUUUUAAGGCAAUGGGAGCAAUGUGGCCAGCCUAAAAUAGUUUUGUCAUGCAAAAAUCAACAAGAAAUGAAUAAGCUGAAGGAAGCAGCAGAUCGGUGUGGCCUUCCUACUUUUGUUGUUGCUGAUGCAGGGCGUACACAGGUUCAAGCUGGGUCAAGGACAGUUCUUGCCAUUGGGCCAGGGAGGAAAGCAGAUAUUGAUUUGGUUACUGGAAAACUGCGGCUACUUUAAAAUGGACAGCCAGAAGGCUUUCCAGGGGGUUGAGAAAAGCUCCUCUAUCUUGGUGUUUUUUUUUGUAGGGGGUUCUUCCAAGGUGCCAAGAAUGCGAGGAACACCCAUGAUUGAUUGGUCAGGGAUUUCAGUAAAGUCUUAACUAAAAUAUGAAGAAGGCCCUAUGCAUGGCCUCCUUUUCCCUACCUUCUGUUGGAAGAGCAGCUCUUGUCCCUGCAAAACUAAUCAAACAAUGUUCGUCACUUCAUAUCCAAGCUGCUAACUUCUGCAGGGUAUUGGACAUCAUUAGGUUUCUGUUUGGGUAUUAUUGCGAAAGCUCCGAUGUGGUUCAAGUUCCGAGAAAAUUUCAAGUUUUUGUUGAAGAACUGUAACGUUAGAACUCAAAUAUUUAUUCAAAAACAGCUCUUUAUAUGUUUUAGGUUGUCCUUGUUCCUUCUAAUCUAAUUGUAUUUCCUCGA